CUCCCUGGGUCUCGGAGGAACCCAGUGUCUCGCCUCUAGUGGAAGUGUGGCUGCAAGCUGGAGGCUCAUACUGCGCGUGCUUCUCUCCACCCUCGCUCCCCAACACUGUUGUUAAAGGUGAGUUCGCAUGGCAAGGAGCCCCGGGGACUAGCUAAAGCGCACCGAGGUCGGCACGUUCGGCACGCCGCAUUACCUCGUACCGGAUCCCGACUCGACGUGGUGGAAAAGUCUCCCGGUCAGAUUGUGGGACAGGGGCGGAAAAACACACAAAGAGGACCGUUCUGUGCUUAGAGAAAGCCUCGGCAUGAGGGGUCAGGCGUUGGUGGCGGCAGUGGCUCUGCUGGCCGUGGUGUGCGUGGUGCUGCUCCCCAGAGGAGGAGAGAGCGCCGGGGGGAUCGUCCCUCUCCAGCAGCCCAAGGAGGUGCAGGAGCCUGGGACGCUUGCGGGAGAGGAGUCUUUGGAUGACCCGGAGACGGAUGGAGGUCCGGUCAUAGCCCGGAGGUCCAAGCGCCUCACAGGGGAGGCUGCGCUGCCAGGCCGGGUGAGGCGAGCGCCAGAUGAAGAAGGCAAGAAGAAGAAGAAGAAGGACAAGAAGAAGAAGGAACCCAAGGACCCCAACGCCACCAGGAAGCCCAAGGCCGACAAGAAGGGCAAGAAGGGGAAGGGCAAGACCACCACGCUGCCCCCCACCACCACAGCGCUCCCAACCGAACCACCCACGGAACCGCCUACGGAGAUGACCACAGUACCUGCCUACCCAGACUACGCUUAUACUGAAGGUGGUGAUGAGUACUGGAACCCGGAUGGGGAGGGUCCGACCCUGUCCACCACUGACGGGGACUACUGGUCCAACUGGGACGAAUUCACGGAACCGGAACCGGAGCCGGAGCCUGAACCGGAGCCCGAACCGGAGCCUGAACCGGAGCCUGAACCGGAGCCCGAACCGGAGCCUGAACCGGAGCCGGAGUACAAACCGGAACCAAAGCCCGUACCAGAGCCUGAGUACGACCCAGAGCCGCAGCCUGAACCCGAUCCCGGACUGGAGUAUGAUCCGGAGCCGGAUUUUACCAACACCGGUGACUACGACUGGAAGCCGGACCAAGUGGAGACCGGGACCGAAGACUCUUACUACGACUGGAAGGUCACCGCUCCACCUCGGGUGGAUGGGACCAUUGACGGGGACUACUGGGAUGAGACAUCCGAAGUUCCACACAACCUUCCACUCCCAGACAGCAACCCUGAGAUAGUGAUAGAGGCGGUAACAGAGGUGCCCGCUGUCACCUCUCCUUAUGGAGAAACCUGGUACGAGGAUUAUGACGACUAUCGACCAUGGAGAAAAGAGGACGAGCUAGAGAGAGCGCGUCUGGAGGAGGAGAGAGUAAAAGAGUUGGAAAGAAAGGAAAGAGAGAGAUCCGAGAAGUUCAGGGAGGCAGAGGAGCGGGCCAAGAAACGACCUCGCGUCUACAAGGAGCCCAAAAAAUGCCCUCCCCUGGGGCUGGAGUCCCAUAAGGUCGAGUCGGACCAGAUCAUGGCCUCCUCCAUCUCCCAGUACCGCUACGCAGCGCAGAGGGCCCGGCUCAACAUGCAGAGCUCGGACGACGAGGACAACAUGAGGGGGGGUGCGUGGUGUGCCAACUCGGAGGACAAGGAGCACUGGCUGGAAAUCGACGCUCGCCAGGACACAGAGUUCACCGGCAUCAUCACCCAGGGCCGAGACUCCCAGGAAUCCCAGAACGAGACCGACUACGUGAUGUCGUACUUCCUGAGCUUCAGCAACGACAGCAGAGAGUGGACCAACUUCCACGAUGGGUACUCUGACUGGCUGUUCUUUGGCAACAGUGAUAAGGAAACUCCGGUGAUGAACCAGCUGGCUGAGCCAGUGCUCGCCCGCUACAUCAGGAUCAUCCCGCAGAGCUGGAACGGCAGUCUGUGUAUGAGGGCAGAGGUCCUCGGCUGCCCCCUACCUGACCUGGAGAAGAUCCGGUACAGUCAGAAUGAAGUGACGCCAGUGGACUACCUGAAAUUCAAACACCACAGCUAUUCUGACAUGGUGUCGCUGAUGAAGGGGGUGAACGACGAAUGCCCUAACAUCACCAACGUUUACAGCCUGGGCCUCAGCUCCAAGGGUCUGGAUAUCGUGGCCAUGGUCAUCUCUGGCAACCCCACGGAGCAUGAGAUAGGUGAGCCAGAGUUCCGCUUCACCGCGGGUCUCCAUGGAAACGAGGCGGUGGGCCGGGAGAUGAUCCUGCUGCUCAUGCAGUACCUGUGCAAGGAGUACAAGGACAGGAACGGCAAAGUCCAGAGGCUGGUUGAGGGAACGCGCAUCCACCUGGUGCCUUCACUCAACCCCGACGGACAGGAGGCAGCCUUCGAAGUGGGUUCCGAGCUCAGCAGCUGGAAGACGGGCCACUACACGGAGGACGGCUACGACAUCUUUGAGAACUUCCCCGACCUGAACAGCGCUCUGUGGGACGCCCAGGACAAGGGCAUGGUGCCCAAACUCACCCCCAACCACCAUGUGGCCACGCCCGAGAAUAUGGCAGCGAACACCUCGAUGGCCGCCGAGACGAGGGCCAUCAUCUCGUGGAUGGAGAGCCAUGCGUUUGUGUUGGGGGCAAACUUCCAGGGUGGAGAGAGGGUGGUGGCUUACCCCUUUGACGGCUUCAGGCUCAACAAGGCCCCGGAGAGCCAAAGGCCCCACAGCCGCAAGAAGAGACAGUACGACGACGGUUAUGACCGAGGGUACGGCGACCAAGAACCAGACGAGUAUGCAAACAGGGGCUAUGACCCAGAAGAGGAGUGGCGAGGGACCGCUUACAACCACGGCCGCGAACACGGUUACGCCCAGGGCCCUGACCCGCGUUACGACGGUGGCUACGACCAAGGCCACGACCGUGGCUACGACCAGGGCCGCGAUCGUGGCUAUGACCAGCGCUACGACCACGGCUACGAACAGGGCCGCGACGCGGGCCAUGACCAAGGCUACGGUCAGGACCCGGGCUACGGUCAGGACCCGGGCUACGGUCAGGAUCCGGGCUACGGUCAGGACCCGGGCUACGGUCAGGACCACGGCUACGGCCACAGGCAGGAGGAAGAGGACGAUCGAGGAAGAGGGGCUGACAGUUAUGCUGAGCCCGAAGCCGACGAGGCUCGAAAGACUGCCGAUGAGUCCCUUUUCAGGUGGCUGGCAAUUUCCUACGCCUCCACACACCUGAGCAUGACCAACAACUACCACGGCUCCUGCCACGGACAGGACGCUGCGGUCGGGGUGGGAAUCGUCAACCGGGCCAAGUGGAAGCCCAUCACAGGCAGUAUGAACGACUUCAGUUACCUGCACACCAACUGUAUGGAGCUGUCCAUCUUCCUCGGGUGUGAUAAGUUCCCGCAUGAGAGCGAGCUGGCGUACGAGUGGGAGAAGAACAAAGAGGCCAUGCUGACCUUUAUGGAACAGGUGCAUCGAGGCAUCCGGGGCGUGGUGAAGGACCAGGAGGGAAACGCGAUCAGAAACGCUACCGUGUCAGUGGAAGGGGUCGAACACGACGUCACCACAGCACCCGGCGGGGACUACUGGCGCCUGCUGAACCCGGGGGAGUACCAGGUGACGGUGCGGGCCGAGGGCUUCACCUCCAUGACCAAGCUGUGUGUGGUGGGCUACGAGGCGGGCGCCACCGCCUGCAGCUUCAACCUGGCCAAGUCCAACUGGGACCGCAUCAAACAGAUCAUGGCCAUGCACGGCAACAAGCCGAUCCGCCUGCUCAGCCACGGCGGACGGACACAAACGACCCGGGUAGAGGGGACCCACAGUUCGACCAGAGCGAGCGGCACAGUGGACCGCCAGGGCCUCAGAAAGUUACGGUUAGCUCGCCUGCGCCGCCUGAGGCAGGAGAGGAUGAGGCUGAUGUCAACGACCACGUUGCCCCCGACGACGACGACGACGACGACGACGGAAGCCGCGCCGAUAGAGAGCACCACAUCCUGGUACAGCCCCUGGAUGGUUGAGGAGGGACAGUCUUCAGCUGGGGAUUAUGAGUACAAAAUCGAUGACUAUUAAACCCCCCACACACACACACACACACAGGUGGCUUUAGUACAAAGGCGAUCAUAAGUAUUUGUUAAAUGAUAAACAACGGAAGCCUGUUAUGUGUAUAAUGUGUCCACUAUGGGAACAGCUGAAUACCUGUUUGGAUCUGCCCAUUUCACAUGUUUUGUAACUAAUUGUUUACUGGUUACAUGUAGCCUUAACUUUCCACACUCUGUUUUUACUGUUUUUCGAUAUAGAAGAUUUACUUGUGAAUGUACUUGGCUUUGAGCGGGACAUAUUUAUGCGGAUUGCAUACUGAAAAUAAAGAUGGCAUCUAUUUUUUACUUGACUAAUUAUGUAACUGGU